UUUAAUUAAUUUUUCUCUUUUCAUCAUGGAAGUGGAAAUGAUUUUAAAAAGCUGAAUCUAAUUAAUGGUCGUUGCUAUGUGGCGAAUAUGCUUGUGCGAAAGAUAAAUGGAACGAGUCGACUAAAAGAGGGCUUGAACUCGUUUCAAAUUGACUGAAUUAUUAAUUAGCCAUUUUGACAUGGAACUGAAGUUUUUUUUUUAGAAUAUACUGUUGAGAUAUAAAAUGAGGAUAGGGGGUCGGUUAUUUAUUCCCCAAUUUUAUUAAGUAAUUUAUUUGGCCAUUUCAAAUUCGUAUUGCAAAAUGUUUAAUUGUAGUGAUUGUACGUUUGAAUUUCGCGCCAAUUCCAGAAUCAACGGUAGUAGUGAUUGUGUAUUAUCAGUGUAACAUUGUUGGAGGUUACGUAGAUAAAAGUGUGUUCUGAUAACGACAUUUGAUGACCUCAUCAGUUGUUAAGUAAGGUUAGAUUAAUAUGAUAUAAUAGAUUGGUCGCUCGAGUAAACAAGUUAGUUUUCUGUCGACUCUGAACAUGACGGCCUACGCGCUCAGAUCCUUACCAAGAUUCGGUCUAUUUUCUUCUGGAAUUUCAUCGAGACAGAUCUCAAUAUCGUCUUCGCUCGGAGGAAAAUCUAGCUUCAACUGGAAAGACCCAUUCGCUCUCGAGUCCCAGCUCACGCAGGAUGAGAUCCAGAUCAGGGAUCAGUUUCGAUCUUACUGCCAGGAGAAACUUUUACCUCGCGUGGUCGAAGCAAACCGCGGUGAAAUUUUCCACAAGGAGAUCAUGAGGGAAUUGGGCCAGCUGGGAAUCCUGGGCUGCACCAUGUCUGGCUACGGUGCUGCUGGCGUCUCCUCUGUGGCCUAUGGUCUCCUCGCCAAAGAGAUCGAGGCUGUGGAUAGCGCGUACAGAUCUGCUCUGUCAGUGCAAUCCUCCUUGGUCUGUGGAGCCAUUUAUACCCACGGGGAUGAGUCGCAGAAGCAACGGUACUUGCCAAAGUUGGUGUCUGGUGAGGUGAUCGGUUGUUUCGGGCUGACCGAGCCCAACCACGGUAGUGACCCAUCCUCCAUGGAGACCAAGGCUACGUACGACUUUGACAGAAAGGUCUAUAAACUGAACGGAAGCAAAUCAUGGAUCACCAACUCUCCCGUCGCUGAUCUACUAGUUAUCUGGGCCAGAUGCGAGGAUGGAAUCAUUCGAGGGUUCCUGGUCGAGAGAAAAGGGAACGAGAACCGACUGUCCACCCCAAAAAUCGAAGGCAAGUUCUCGCUAAGGGCCUCGGCCACGGGCAUGAUCCUCAUGGACAACGUGGAGGUGCCUGUAGAGAACCUAUUGCCAAACGCCCAAGGUCUGAAAGGUCCGUUCUCGUGUCUGAACAACGCCAGGUACGGAAUCGCGUGGGGUGCUUUGGGCGCCGCUGAGGCCUGUCUAGAGGUCGCCAGAUCGUAUACCAUGGAUAGGAAGCAAUUUAACAGGCCACUGGCGGCCAACCAAUUAGUGCAGAAGAAGCUGGCCGACAUGAUGUGCGACAUCGCGUUCAGCCUUCAGGCUUGUCUGAGGGUGGGCAGGCUGAAGGACGAGGGCAAAGCCACACCAGAGAUGAUCUCCAUGAUAAAGAAGAAUUCUGCCGCCAAGGCCCUGGGAAUCGCGAGGACUGCCAGGGACAUGUUAGGUGGCAACGGGGUAUCGGACGAGUAUCACGUUAUCAGGCAUAUGAUGAACCUGGAAAGCGUUAUUACGUACGAAGGUACCAAUGACAUUCACACUCUGAUACUCGGCAAAGCCAUUACUGGUAUACAGGCCUUCACCUCGUAAACUGGGACUGGGAAGCAACGAACAGAACGUUCGUUCUAUUACUCAUUUUUCUGCAAAUUUAUUUUUUAUAUACUUCGAUGUGGCUUUGAAUAAAAUUUGGUGAAAACAAAGAGAAAGAACAGAGACGAGAUUGGUGAGAAGAAAAUUGAACGAAAAUGUGAGAGAAUGAGAUAGAGAGAAAGAAAAAUGAUCGAAGACGAUUCGAAUCGUGUGAGUGAAGUCCGGUUUUGGUUUCUCUUAAUUUUUAUUUCGACACUGUCGAAUUGCACAUAUUUCCAUCCCUCAUCUCUUGCGCGAUACUCGAAAGGGAGCGUGAAACAACACACGAGCUAAAGAUCGGUUUGUUCAACAAGGGCGUGCCACAACACAAGCGACUGCGAUUAAUCAUAAAUAA